AUGGGAGAGUGCCUUAGGCCAGAGGCUUCUGGUUCCCCUGGGUCCCAUCUUACAUGCACCUGUCCUUGUUCCAUCGUCCCCCCCGCCGUGGCCAUUCUUCUGGUGGGGCUAUGGGGUGGGUGCGGCGAUGGACCGGGCGGGCACAGAACAGGUGGGUGCAGGCUGGGUGUCCGGCGCUGGGACACAAGUGCUCUGUGUGUAGGGUGGGCGGAAGUCAGGGCGUUUGAUCUGAAUUCUAAAGGGCGUUGUUCAGAGCCCCACAAAGGUCCCAUUGUGCAGACACUGGGUAUAAAGCAGCAUAUGACUCCCCAGCACCGGGCGGUGAUGAAUUGGGACGCAGGCGCGAACCCAGGGACCACUCCCCCUGCAUAG